CACAUUCUGUACCAGCCGGGGAGCGUGCACACACAUACUAAUAGUAACACCGUUUUAAUUUUUGCGUUCAAUCUGACGUUUGCCGCAUAAAUUUGAACUGUUUCCCUGCUGUUAGCUAGCUAACGGCUAAGCUAACAACCUCGAAUGCUAACAUUAGCUCAACCAGGCAGUGGACUUGUUUAAAUGUACUCGACGAGUGACAAGCGACCCGAAACUGCUCCCUGGAAGCUCUUGUCGGCUCCGAAUCCACAAGAAAAGAAGCUACGACUGAUUUCAACCCCUCAAGUGAGAUCUUGUGGAGUGACUUGGCUGUCGCAACUCAGCUGCCAUGCAGCCCCCUCCUCGGACUGGACUUCCCGGAGCCUCCGGCCCUCCUCCUCCUUCUGGGCCCAAUAUGUUCCGCAGGACCAGGCCUGUAAAGGCUACAGCAGGGGCAGCGUCUUCCUCGAUGCCACGCUCUACCCAACCCAUGACAAAUCCCUUUGCUUUUGUCCAAGGUCCCCCUCCUCCUAUGGCUACAGGUGGUUUCCCCGUACCCAACAGCAACCCUCUUCUAACACAAGCCCCACCCAACACCGCGUAUGCCGAGGCGGGCUCAGGUCUGCCUCCUCAACCUCAGACGUUGGAGAAUGUCCCAGCUGCUCCAUCUGCCCCGCCGUCGUCCUCUCUGCCAGGGGUGCCCAUGUUCAGCCCUCAUAGUGCAGCCACACCUCCAGCUUAUCAGGCACCCACUCGUACUGUAUACGCACCUUCACAUUCUGAACAGGGUUAUUUUAACUCAAGAGAGCAACCGUCAGGCAUUGCCGCAGAACCGCUGUCUGUGCCGUCAAUCCCAGUACAGAGUCAGACAUUUAAUCAGGAAUUCCACGGGCAGCCUCCCCCUCAGCUUGUCUCCUUCCAACCUGUGCCUCCUGCUACCAACACUUCCCAAAGGGCAUCUGAUCAUGGAAGUCGCCCUCCAUCGGUUCAGAACUAUUUUCAACCUACGAAUGACCCUCCACAACAGCCUUUUAAUAUACAAACCCAAGUGUACCCCUCAAGCAUCCCCGCCCCUCCAACACAAUUUGGGCACCUCCAAAUGCAGACUUCUCUUCCUCAUCAGAACCCUGUAAAUCCCCCCAGCUCUCAAUGGGCUGGACCAAAUGCAACCCAACAGAAUAACUCACAUUUCCAAAACCAGAGCUACUUAAUGCAAAGUUCUGUCCCCCAUGACGCAUGGUUCAAUCAAGCGCCCCAGGACCCAGCCUACCACCAAAUGGGGACUGCCCCUGUCCAUCUGCAGCCUCAGUCUGAAGAUGGAUCCUAUCAAGCGUCAAAUAGAGCUCCCCAGCAUUGCUCUGCCUCUGCAACAGCCCCAUACUCUCAGGAGUCUGGCACACUCUCUAUGUUUUUUAAUAACAAUGAUGUAGAAAAUGAGGAAACUUUGUCAGGAGAGAGAAAUAAGGUGAUGAAUGGUGUCCCUGAGACUUUGCAGCCUCCGAGUAACCCAGAAGUAGCUGCUCCACCUGCACACAAUGUUAUUGCAGAUGUUCCUAUUGAUAACCAAGGAGCAUGUUUGCAGGACUGUUCUCACAUACCAUAUAUGAGUGAUGCCAAUGCUACACCACAGGCAAAUCCCCCUGAUUCGCAGUAUGAUCACGUGGAGAAUUUUGAGUGUGUCCCAAAUCAAGAAGUAUUGCCCAGUGAAACUGCAGGUGUUGUUUCUGUGCCUGCUGCACAUGGAGUUGACACGUUUGAACCGGGGCCUAACCUAGAGACUCCAGAUUCUGUUCCCAGACCAAUGAGGUCUGCUAGUGCAUCCUCAAACUACAGUAGUAUGAGUUACGGAAGUGGGACUGCUAGCCGUCGGCAUCAGGGUGUAGUCGGUACCUUUAUUCAGCAGGAAAGCCCACGGCCCUCUGAUGAUACAAACCCACCUCCUCCCGCUGCUGUCGGAGGCUACUUUGAACAGAUCGACUCUUCUCCAGUUGGAGAUGUGGCCGUGCAGCAGAAGUCAUCGGAGCAGAUGUGGUCCGCCACACCGAGCCCACCAAAACCAACUGGAAACUUUCAGGCCAGUGCUAACAGCUCUUUUGAGCCUGUUCGCUCACAUGUGGUCGGGGUGCGUCCAAUUGAGGUUGAUAGGGCAAAAAUGGUAGCAGAGGGUGGCACAGAUACUACGCCUGGCAACCUGGAGCAGCCACCAGAUAACAUGGAAAAUAUUUAUGGGCCAGGACACCCUCUCCCUGUCAGUGUACCUCACCUGGCAAACCCUACAGUUCAGUCUCACUCAAGACCCUCAUCGCGUGCUUAUGGCGCCAGUCGGCCCUGUGAGAGCCCUGCCACUACUUUAUGGGCCCACAGCGACCCUACAAGCUUGGGCGCUAACAUUCUUUUAGCGCCUGCUGCCCCGACUGUUCUUGCGCCUUUAAGGGAGCCUAGUGUUGAUGUCAUUCAGCCUCCAGAGGAUGGCCCACUGGACCUACAUCCUCCUGAGAGAAUCCAGCCAACAACACAGCAAAAUUCAGAGAACCUUGAGAACCCACCAAAGGUGAGUGAGUUAGACACAACAGACUCCCAAGGCAACCUGGGCUAUGCGUCUCUCCUGGUGUCCGAUUCGCUCCAACAGCCUGUUCUGAUUGCACCGCCUGUGUCCAAUUGCAAUGUAAUUUCCCCCAGUGCCCUUGUGCAAGUGGCAAGUCAGAGUACCUCAGCUAUGAGAACAAUUGGACAGGGUACGAGUACAUCCCAUGCAACUGUACAGCCCUCUAAUCAGAAUCCACUUUACCCACCUGCUUCUACCUCAAACCCCGCCCCGCUCAAUCUGACCCGAGAUGCAGAAUUGGCAACUUCAGGAGUUGCUUCAUCACAGCCUCAUCCAGUCCGUCCCCCCUUUGCUCGGGGCCAGUCAUUGAGUGGAGAGCCCCACUUUGAUCACAAAGUUAAUCCUCCGACUUCUCUUGCCGCUGCUUCUGUCCCCAAUCACAAUCAGCCGUCAAAUUAUGAACUCCUUGAUUUUUCUAUGCACCAAUCACAAAGCAAAAAUCAAGCAUCUGGCCAUCCUUCAGCUUUACACGAGACUCCACAGUCUAGUAAUGGAUUUUACAUGCAGGUCACCAAAGAUGCACAGCAAGGGGUAAGAGUGGAAGAGAAUGUACAGGUACCGCCAGCUUCUUCAUCCACCACCCAGGUGCCACUGGCGUCUUCAACAAUUCCAGGGGUCCCACCAACCACAACUGCUAGCACUCAGCAGCCACAACCCGAACCUCCCAGGACACCAGAUUCAAAUGCCACAGUACAGGGACAAAGUGACGCUGCUAUUCCAGUGAGGGGAGCACAGCCACUACCUGGCCAGUAUCCAAACCAGGCACUUGGUCCUGCUACCGCGGGUGCUCCUCCUGCUACAGGUCCACCUGGUCCUCCUGGACCUUCCGGGCCACUCCCUCCAGGGUCUUCCCAGCCAGCUCCAGGUGAUCCACUUCGACCACCUUCUUCUGCUGGUAGCCAGCAGGGUUAUGGUCCCCCUCCUCCUGGGCCGGGGCAGAUGUACGGCAGCUAUUAUGGAAGCUACGGUGAAUACCCAGAUGGCCGAGCACCGUAUCCUCCUGGGCCAUACCCACCUGGGGAUCCUAGAGCUCUGCAGUAUUAUCACGAUGGAUCCUGCAGAGGAGAUCCAUGGUAUGGCAGAUACGAGGGCCUGAACCCCGCCUACCGUGACCCAAACCAUCCGUACAGAGAGCCUCAGCUGGAGCGACCCAGUUCCAGGGCCAGUCAGUACUCUGACAGGCCCCCAUCCAGGCAAGGCAAUCCUGAUGACUACCACAGAGCGAACCGAAGUGCCUAUGAAGAAUAUUAUGCAAAUUACGCCAAGCACUAUGAUUAUGCGGGAUACUAUGGACAGUUUGACCCCCGAUACAGAGGAUACUAUGAUCAGUCCUACUGGUCUACUUAUGAUGAAAGCUACAGAGGCAGAGACAACUACUACAAUCAACAAAUGUAUCCUACUAGAAAAGAUGGCUAUGAAGACCAGUGGCGGUACCACCCUUAUUAUGCUAGCAGUUUUGAUGAUGAUUGCCGUCGGCGUGGAGAUGCGUACAAUGACGACUUUGACCGACGCAGCGUACACAGCGAACAGUCAGCGCACAGUGUGCACAGCUCGCAUAGUCACCACAGCAGGCGCAGCAGCUUCAGCUCAAGGUCGCAACAGAGUCAGGCAUACAGGAGCCAGCCAGACUUGGUGUCAGCAGUCUAUGAUGCCACAGCAUCCACUUUGGCUGUGGAUUAUUCCUAUGGAGAGUACCCAAAUCAGACUGAUGCUUCCCAGAAUUAUGGGCAGUACCUGUAUCCCUCUGAUUACACAGCAGACAGCACCUGGGCUGCCACUGAACAGCUAGCGCCCCCGCGUCCUGCUACUCCAGAGAAGUUCACCAUGCCCCACCGUUGUGCCCGCUUUGGACCUGGCGGUCAUCUGGUUCAGGUUCUGCCCAAUCUUCCCUCAGCUGGACAGCCUGCUCUUGUUGAUAUUCACAACCUCGAGACAAUGCUGCAGAACACUUCGGACCAGGAAGAGCUACGAGCCUUUCCUGGACCGCUUGUUAAGGAGGAGACCCACAAGGUGGAUGUCAUAAAGUUCUCCCAGAAUAAAGCUCUGAAAUGUUCCCAUGAUGACAACCUCUUAGACCGAGACUCUGCCCGCCUACUUUGGGAUUUCAUUGUGCUGUUGUGUAGACAGAAUGGGACGGUGGUUGGCACCGACAUUGCGGACCUAUUGUUGAAGGAGCAUCGCUCCGUGUGGCUACCGGGCAAGAGUCCUAAUGAAGCAAACUUAAUUGAUUUCAACAAUGAACCGCUGGCCAGAGCGGAAGAGGAGCCAGGAGCUGGGCCACUGUCCCUUCUUUCGGACACUUUCAUGACAGUCCCAGAAAACGUUGGUAAAGAAACAGAACGCUUCAGAGAGUUGCUAUUGUUUGGCCGCAAGAAGGAUGCACUUGAAGCCGCCAUGAAAGGAGGUCUCUGGGGCCAUGCCCUCCUUUUGGCCAGCAAGAUGGACAACAGGACACAUGCACGUGUCAUGACAAGGUUUGCCAACAGUUUGCCCAUCAAUGACCCUCUCCAGACAGUGUAUCAGCUCAUGUCAGGGAGGAUGCCUGCGUCAGCUACUUGCUGUGGCGAGGCAAAGUGGGGCGAUUGGCGCCCUCACCUGGCCAUGGUGCUGUCUAACCUGACACACACUUUGGACCUUGAUACACGCACAAUCACGACUAUGGGAGACACUCUUGCGUCCAAGGGGCUCAUUGAUGCAGCACACUUCUGCUACUUGAUGGCUCAAGUUGGCCUUGGUGUGUACACAAAAAAGAGCACCAAGAUGGUUCUGAUAGGCUCCAACCACAGUUUGUCCUUUUACCACUUUGCAACCAAUGAGGCAAUCCAGAGGACGGAGGCCUACGAAUACGCUCAAUCGCUGGGCUCCCAGCCUUGCUCACUGCCCAAUUUCCAGGUCUUCAAGUUGAUCUAUGCAUGCCGUCUGGCUGAAGCAGGUCUGAGUGCUCAGGCCUUCCACUACUGUGAAGUCAUCUCUCGGACUGUCCUUGUGCAGCCGUCCUACUACUCCCCUGUUUUCAUUAGCCAAGUUAUCCAGAUGUCUGAGAAGCUGCGAUUCUUCGACCCCCAACUGAAGGAGAAGCCAGAGCAGGAAUUGUUCAAUGAGCCAGAUUGGCUGAUCCAGCUCAGACAGCUGGAUGGGCAGAUCAGGACGGGGGUAAUAGCUUACAACCCUGACAGAAUGACUCCAACACAGUUUUCCAGCAGCAGCCCCAGCUCAGAUCUAGAUCAGCCCAGUUUAGCUGAACCUUACAGCACCUCAAUGGAGCUGGAUGGCCCCACCCCUGACAAUCCAUUGAUGAGCUCAUUGCUGCCUGGGCCUCCACCACAGGGUGUUCAGCUGAUGCCCCCAGCUCCCACUUCGAUCCUCCAAGACGGAAUUGCCGUGCCUCAGCCCCAUUGCAACAUGCCCCAAUUCUACCCAGUUCCACCCAGCGGAGCUUCCGGACAACUUUCUAUGUCAGGCUACCCUCCUCAGGACCCUGCAUAUGCUUCUCCCCACUUCCAACCCCCAUCUGAGCAGUCGGAAAUGUAUCCUGGAUCUUAUCAGCAACCAUGCCCUCCACCCAUGCCCUCUCAAGUGGGCCAGAUGUCACCUCUCAUGCCCCCACCCCGGGUGCCGCAUUCACCGGUGCAAAUCAGCCAUCAGAUGUCUCCUCAGAUGCCUGCGCACAUGCCACCUUCACCCGGGGGUGUUCCCCCUCUUGAGCCCCCGUCCUUCAUCCCACCAGAUCAACCAAUAUCCAACUCCCCACACAGAAGCUCCCUAACACCUCAGAUGGACUUUUAUGACCACAUGGCACAGCUGGGUCCUGGGAGGAGAUCAAGGACCACAUCGCAGUCUUCGGUGCACCGGGCAUUUGGGCUUCGCUCUCGUACUACUUCUGAGUCUUCAACUCACUCCAGUGGACGUGAGAGGAGCAAUUCGGCUGUCAAGCAGACUUCGCCGCCGCCGCCCUCUAUUCCUGAACAACCCCGCAAAGAGGAGACCAAGAAAGCCAAAAAGGACUCUCCCAAAAAGGGUGGCGGCGGGGUGGGCUGGCUGACGUGGCUCUACAGAAAGGGCAAGAAUGAGGCUCACUUGCCAGAUGACAAAAACAAAUCUAUUGUGUGGGACGAAAAGAAGCAGAAAUGGGUCGACCUGAACGAGCCUGAGGAGGAGAGUAAACCCCUUCCACCACCACCUUCUGGGUUCCCCAAAAUGGCUCCCAUGCCUGGUCCUACUGGGCCUGCUGCACCCCCAAGCAGCGGUCCUCCAGUCAACAUGUUCUCCAGGAGAGCUGGCAUCAAGAGCCGAUAUGUGGACGUGCUGAACCCGAGUGGAGCUGCUAAACCAGCUGGGUUGGCUCCUGCUCCUCCUAUGGACCUCUUUGCCCCUCUCGCACCAAUGUCCAUGCCCACAAACCUAUUUGUGCCUAGUUCAGCUCCCAAUGAUCAACAACCUCUAGAGGGCAGCGAAGGGGGGAAUCAGGAACAGACCACACCAAACAGCUCUGUUCCACAGAUGUUCAAUCCAACACUGUUACCACCUGUCCCACAAGGUCCUCCUGUGCUUGAUGGGUCACAAUCUGGAGAGCUCUCACGUUCUAGCUCAAUGAGUUCUUUAUCACGAGAAGUGAGUCAGCAUUUAAACCAGAGUCAUCUCGGCCUGAGGAAUGCACCUGUAGGAGGUGGUGCCUUUUUGUAACCCUGCACAGUAAUAUCAGGAGGAGCUGAUGAAGUGAACAUCUCGACUUUAAACACUUGUCGGGUAGCGUUCAACUGCCUGGAAGUCAAUGAAGCAAGAGGACGUGCUGCUGUCUCUCUGAAGGAACCUUUCUCAGUGGAUGAGUGUUCGCCGUCGUGUCAGUCGAACAGCUUAACCACUUUGUUCCUCUUUAAUUCCAUAAUGGCCACAAAUAUAUUUUUUAACAAAGACGGUGUUUGUUCUUGAGCAGAAGCCUCUGCUGCCUUCACAUAACUCGCAGGCAUCAGUGUACAAAUAAAAGCGCUCUCUGCUUGUCUGGCUUAACUGUUAGCACAAGCAGCAUCCCAUAUCCCCUCAGUCUUGUCUUAAAAGUGUAAAUGUUUGAGUGAUUUAGUGUGAGAUGGAUAGAAAGAAAGAAGCACCUUUUUAUAUUUCAUAUUGUGGUCUCGUAUGCCGUUCUUCAGGGUUUCCCUGGAGACGGCAUGUUGCGAGCAAGAAUGACUUGUGUCUGUAGUGCGUCGUCUGCUGUGUUGUGUGCUUUCCCUCCUCUUGUCAAUGACCACAAGAAAACAGACUGGAGGUGGAUUAAUUCUGCCAUGUGAAGAUGCCGCAUGUUUCCACAUAUUUAUUUAAAUGCCUUCCUGUCAAUUUGUGACUCAACAUUGAAGAGUCUGUGGUCUCACUUUGGCCCAGGUAUCUCCCGACCAACGAGCGAUGUCUUCAGACCAGCAGGAAUCAUGAACAGUGCAAAAAAAGCAAUUAAAAAAUAAAUCUAUCCAAAUAUUUGUAUAUCAGAUGGAUUGUAUUUAUGAGCUUUAGGCAUAAAGAUAUGCGUGUAUGUGUGAAAGAGUGCAUGUGUAGAGAACUGAUUUUUUUUGUGUGCGAUUAGCUUUGAAGCAUCUGAUUUGCCGCAAAUGUCAUAAAUACAUGUUUGUAUAGGCCGUUUAUGCUCCGAAUAAAUCUUUAUCUACAUUGUAAAAUAAAAACAAGUUGUACUUUUCAGUACACUCAUUUACUAACAUGAUUUAUUAUUGAAUCACAACUCCCUCGUCUCACCUCAUAUUUAAUUCACUUUAUUUUGUAGACCUGUAAUAUUUGAAAUGGUCCCCUUCUGUUUCAGGAAAGCAAGUUGUUUUCAAUUGAUCAUGUGAAACAACAGGCAAAUACUGAAUAAAGGUAUUUUUGCGUUCGUAGAGCUUUGAAAUGUGUCCCAUUUGUUUGUUGAAUCACAGUAAUGUGCUCAUAUGG